GGACGAAGCCCGUAGAUCCCACCAACUGGAUUCCUAGAUCCCGUCCUUGAGCUCCAGUCACAGCCCACUGGAUCCGCAGAUCCGGCCCCACUGGAUCUCUAGACGCCGCGCUUGGGAUCCGUGGAUCCCGCCUACUGGAUCUCCCGAUCCCGCCAAUUCGGUCAUAUUGCGGCCAUUGGUUGCUCAGCGGAGAGAGAUCUAUUUGGGAGAGCCUAGUGGUGUUCCCAGCCAAUAGGAAGCCGGUUUAUUGUGCGGUGGGCUCGGUCCCAUGGUAACGGUGAAAGACAGGGCUGGAUGUUGAGAGCUGGCGGCAUCCUCUGGCCUCAGGCUUUAGCCCUUGGACCGCCGGCCGGCUCUCUGAGAGUGAGUGAAGCCAGGAGCCGCCUGUGGACCGCGGAGCACGAUGAUCCGUAUUGCUGCUUUAAAUGACACCACAGUAGUGGAAGACUACGAGGAAUCCUUCAAGAGCCACAAAACUCAAACAAAAGAGGCUCAGGAAGCCGAAGCAUUUUCUUUGUACCACAAAGCUUUAGAUCUGCAAAAACAUGAUCGCUAUGAAGAAUCUGCAAAGGCCUAUCAUGAACUCUUGAAUACACAGCUGCUGAAAGAGGCUGUUCUAUCGGGUGAUGAGAAUGAAGGUUUAAAGCACCCUGGAUUGAUGCUGAAGUAUUCCACGUAUAAAAACCUGGCCAGUUUAGCAUCCCAGAAAGAUGACCCAAGUACAGCAAUGGAAUUUUACCUGGAGGCUGUAAUGUUGGAUUCUACAGAUGUAAACCUCUGGUAUAAAAUAGGAAGAGUAGCCCUGAGGCUAAUUCGAGUUCCACUAGCCCGCCAUGCUUUUGAAGAAGGACUCAAGUGCAAUGCAGAUCACUGGCCAUGUCUGGAUAAUCUUAUCACUGUGUUGUACACACUUAGUGAUUACACCAAUUGUCUGUAUUAUAUCUGUAAAGCUUUAGAGAAGGACUGUCGGUACAGCAAGGGUUUAGUUUUGAAAGAGAAGAUUUUUGAAGAACAGCCUUGUUUGCGAAAAGACUCAUUCCGUAUGUUCUUGAAAUGCGACAUGUCCAUUCAUGCAUUGGAUGUGGAUCCAGCAGAGGCUAAAGCUGUUAUUGAAGAAGCUCUGGAGCUCCGAAGGAGAAGACAGGCAUUGGCAAUACCAGAAGAGGAGCCAGAUCUUCAACUAGCACAACCAAUCUCUCACUUCACGUGGAGGUGCCUGGGUGAGAGUUUACUGGCUACCUACAUGCAGUUGACAUCUUCCGAGCCCCCUCACCCCAGCCUUGGCAGAAUGAUAGACCUUUGCAUGUACAGAGACCCUUCUCAACAUCUGUUGACGUCACCAACUAGCACGCCUGUCAGUGUCAUCCAGCCCAAUCCUGCAACAUCCAGUCCUGCACCUGUAGUGACAGCACCAACAAUGCCAGCACCAGCUAUGGUUACACCAGCAGCUCCAACUCCAGUUCCAAGUGUGUCAGAAACUGUAGGAACACAAGCAGAAACAUCCAUCAUUGACAAGGCGAAGAAGGGCUCCAAAAGGAAGCGGAUAGCUGAUGAGGCAGGUGAACCAGCGAAGAGGCGCUCGGCUCGAGUGCGAAACACCAAGUGUAAGAAGGAAGAGAAGAUUGAUUUUCAGGAACUACUGAUCAAAUUUCUGCCCUCAAGGCUGAAAAAGGUAGAUCUAGAGGAUGAAGAUGAUGCGUUUGGCACCUUUGAAGUUCAGACUGAGUUGAAAAAGGAAAGUCAGCAACUAAUGGGCCCUUAUCGAAUGCAGUUUGAUCCCUCAUCCUUUAUGGAACUAGAAAAACAAGAUGUUCAUGUGUUUUUGCUGAACAAUCAGAAGAACGGUGGGAUACUAGAUUUGAUGUUGAAAUAUUUAAAAGCGCUUGGUCAGAAAUUCUUGGCAAAAUGGCCACCUGGAUUGGCAGAGGUAGUACUCUCAAUCUACAACAGCUGGAGAAAACACUGCAGUAGCCUACCUAAUCCAAUCCUCAGAGAGUGCAGCAACCAGCACAUCAAGGACAUGAUGGUGAUGUGCUUAGUGUGCAUGGAACUACAGCUUGAUCAGUGGCUUCUGACAAAGUCCAAAAGUACCACAGUUUCCCCUCGAAAAUGUUCUUCCAGCAACAUGGUGGCACAGUUAGGACCUGACUUUCCAGGCAGCCAUUAUUUAGGAGAUCUGAUUCAAUUGGCCUUCACUUCCUCACAGAAGGACCUCUUUGAGAAUGACUGGCUGGUUUUUGUGGUUCAAGUUUACUGGUUGAAAGCCAGAUUUAUGGCAUUGCAGGGUGAUAUGGAGCAAGCUCUGGAGAGCUAUGAUAUCUGCACUAGUUUGUUUUGCAGUUCAUUAGGAAUUAAAGUGGGCAGCAGGAAUAGUGAUGGUUUUACUAUCAGACUACCAAAUCUACAUGUGGAUUCUGCCAUAUCAUUGGAGGAGAUUGAUAAAAAACUCAAAUCACUGGAGAGGUGCCAGUCUCUUGAGGAGGUUCAGCGCCUGUAUGAAAUGGGUGAAUAUGACCAAGUUGUGAAGCUGCUGCGACCCACAUUAACCCUUGGUACGAUUGGCAGAACAAAACCCCUGGAGUUUGUUGCAUCCAUCCCUGAACGGCCUGCUCAGCUUCUCCUGUUGCAGGACUCCCUGCUCAAGCUAAAAGAUUACAGGCAGUGUUUGGAGUGUUCUGAAGUUGCGCUAAAUGAAGCCAUUCAACAGAUGAAUAAUGUAUCAUCCACAUCCUCUAAGGAAGAAUGGGUUUCAACAGUGACUCAGCUGUUGACUGGAAUUGAUUAUUCCUUAUCUGGCGAUAACAGUAUCCUGGAAGAGCAGUGUGUGAAUCCUUGUUUUGUCAGAUUCGCCAACAAUCUCAUCCAGAUCAUUGACUGUAGCAUGGGGGUGUCUGAAGAUUCCAAAGAGCCGACUGUGUCAUCAGUGCUGCCUUGGAUCACCUUGUACAGGAUCAUAAAGCAUGAGGAGGAGGAGUUUGACACUCUUCGCCGCCAGCAUUGUAAAAGUGAAGACUCUGAUUCUGAAACUCCAAUGCUGCCUUCCUCUCUGAUGUUGCUUAACACAGCGCAUGAGUAUCUGGGGCGAAGAUCCUGGUGCUGUAAUUCUGAUGGAGCGUUACUUAAGUUCUAUGUUCGAGUGCUUCAGAAGGAACUGUCUGCAUCAAGACCUGAAGAUGCCCACCCCUUUAAAGAAGAGCUGGAGACUGCCCUUGAGCAGUGCUUUUACUGUUUAUAUGCCUAUCCUAGCAAGAAGAGUAAGGCCAGGUAUCUGGAAGAGCACUCUGCUCAGCAGGUGGAGCUUGGUUGGAGUGAUGCAGAAUUUAUGUUUGACUAUUUCAAGCCCAAGAAUUACCCAGAAUUUGACAGCUACAAGACCAGCACUGUGUCUGCAGAUCUGGCAAACCUUUUGAAGAAGAUUGCUGCGAUAGAUCGAGAUGAGGAUAACCUACCUCUCUCAAUAGAGAGCGUAACAGCCUAUAUUGAAGGAUCUGUUGACAUGGUGCCUGCCCUCCCUGAUGGAGCAGAUUCUGAACUUCCUCUUGUUAAUGAGUUGUAUUACCUUCUGGCUGAUUAUCAUUUCAAGAACAAAGAGCAGGCUAAAGCUAUAAAAUUCUAUAUGCAUGACAUCUGUGUCUGUCCAGCAAGGUUUGACUCGUGGGCAGGUAUGGCUCUGGCUCGAGCUAGUCGUAUCCAGGACAAACUGAAUUCAAAUGAAUUGAAGAGCGAUGGGCCUAUCUGGAAGCACUCAGUUGCUGUUCUGAAUUGUUUUAAACGAGCAUUGGAGAUAGACAGUUCCAAUCUCUCGCUGUGGAUUGAAUAUGGCUCCAUGUCCUAUGCACUGCACUCAUUUGCCUCCCGCCAGUUGAAACAGUGGAAAAUGGAGUUGCCAUCGGAAGUCGUCCAGCAGAUGGAAGAGCGAAGGGACAGUAUGCUCGAGACAGCUAAACAAUGUUUUCUAUCAGCAACACAUUGUGAAGGAGAUGGUGAUGAAGAGGAGUGGCUCAUUCACUAUAUGUUGGGCAAGAUAGCAGAAAAGCAGAAACAGCCCCCAAAGGAAUACCUGGAACAUUACAAGCAGGCGGCACAUAACCUACAUGAGGAUGCAGCACAUUACCCACGGAAGAUCCAUUACCAUAAUCCACCAGAUCUGGCUAUGGAAGCUCUAGAGGUCUACUUCAGGCUUCAUGCCUCGAUUCUCAAGCUGUUGGAGAAGGAUGAAGAGACUGCAGACUGUGAGAUGCUCUUCAGCUACAUUAAAGAAGCAGCUCAGGGGCCUUUUGCCAGCGGUGAAGAGAAGAGUACCUUUAAGGUUGCUGAGAAGGAGAAGUCCUGUACAAAUGAUGACGAUUCCCAUUCUUCUGUUGGAACCAUGCCAUGCCAAGGAAACCUUCCCUCGGGUCCAGGUCUGACAUCCCCACCUUACACAGCCACUCCGAUUGACCACGAUUACAUCAAACGUAAAAUCCCCCGUCAGCAGGCUUCAAUUGAUGAGAGAAGUCAAGACAGCGUGAUUUUGGUACUCUCUGAUUCUAACUCAACCCAGGACAUCUUCACUGAUGCAGCCAGUUCGCAGGACAGCAGCAGGAAGAUUCAGUCUGGGAAAGGAAGCCCCUCAUCGUCUUCGACUGUGGAAGCUACUGUGUUGUCCAUGGAGAGCCAUGGAAAACUAGAUGAAGAGGAUUUAGUAGCUCGAGCUUCAUCUGAGAGUUGUAAAGGAGGCAGUGUAGAGAUCACAGAAGCCAUAGAUGCUUUGGCUUUGAGAUUGGCAGAGCGCACAGCUCACAGAGUGCCCACAGAAGCAGCUGCACUGUCCAGGGAGAACUAUCGGAAGUUGGAGGAAGAGGACUCGGUGGGGCGCAUCUGUUCUGAACUUUGCAGAGGAGGCAAUGUGGAGAUCACCGAAGGGAUAGACGCUUUGGCUCUGAGAUUGGCAGAACAAGCAGGAGCAAAAUUGCACACAGAGUUGCAGUGUCAAACUGCCACCAUUAGCACUACUAAUGUCACUGCCACCAGGGCCACCACCUCGUCUCUGUGUGACUCAAAAAAGAAAACGGCUGAGCCUUCAGGAGAGAUGAAAGACACCUACAGAUUGGAGGAUCUCCCUCAGAGCUUGCCAGGAGAUGAGAGGGAGCAGCGGCGAGUGCUGACUGAGCAAUGUAUUAGAGCAUUGCAUCUGUGUCUCAGUCGAUUUCCUCAGCACUACAAGAGUCUCUAUAGACUGGCAUAUCUGUACACAUACAGUAAAACACACAAGAACCUGAACUGGGCUCGGGAUGUGUUGCUAGGUGUCAAUGUUCCAUGGCAACAAUUGAAGCAUAUGCCAGCUCAAGGACUGUUCUACGAGAGGAACAAAACAAAUUUUUUUAAUGGAAUCUGGCGUAUUCCUGUGGAUGAAAUUGACCGUCCUGGCAGCUUUGCCUCACAUAUGAACCGUUCAAUUGUUAUCUUACUUGAUGUUCUGUCACAGCUGAAGGACCAUAAUACACUGCUGAGAGUAUCUUCCAUGCUUCAAAGGACACCUGAUCAGGGAAAGAAGUAUUUGCGUGAUGUGGAUCGUCAAGUGCUCGCCAAGCGGGCAUUAAUUUUCACAGUAAAGGUGCUUGAGGACAACUUGAAGGAACUAUCUGGGAUUUCUGAAGACCAGCCUCCAAGAUCUUCAGGCUCUCCAAUGGGGGAGAUGACAACAGAUGUUUCAAACAAGCCUACUGCUGAGGAGCACAAGGGUGUUGUGACCAAGAAACUCACCAACUCUGAUGGGCCUUUAAGAAAUACAGAGAAUGGGGUAAAGGAUAUUCCAAGAGGCCAGUCGCCCCAGGUUGUGAACAUGGAACAAGGAGAUAAAAAUGAUCCAGUAUUGGGUGACAUUAGCAAAACAUGCAUCGGCACAGAGGAGCCAAUGGAACUGGAUGGCUCUGUUGAACAGGGGAAAUUGGAUUUUUCAUUCAAACCUCCCAGUGGUUUGGAUACAGAACACAGUAAAACUGUUGGGGUUACUGAGGGAAAGAGUGCUGAAUGUAAACCUGCUGAACUGUCUUUGGAAGAGUUGAGCAUCAGCUCAAAACAGCAAGUCUCAACAGCAGUGCCCCAUGUUGUGGCCAGUCAGGUGGUCAGGAAAACAAGCAGGAAGAGAAAACUGAUAGAUGACACAGAAUCUGGGAAAACGUUGCUGUUAGACGCGUACAGGGUCUGGCAGCAAGGUCAGAAAGUUAUGACUGUUGAUCUGGGAAAGAUUGAAAAGAUCAUGUCGGAGACCUACAUGCUGAUUAAACAGGUUGAUGAGGAUGUAGCUUUGGAGCAAGCCAUGAAAUUCUGCCAGCUGCAAAUGGCCGCGUCAACGCAGAAACAGCCAGGAGAGACUCCAACCACGCCGAAAUACUCCAAGGACUGUAAGGAAAGCUUCUUCCCGUCUGCACCCAGCACUGUCAGUACACCGGCUCCGAUUUCAACUACGUCCAGUACAGUGGUGCCUGAGACCCCCAGGACAAGUGACUCUCAGUCUAAAACCAGGCUCAGUAGCACUGCCCAGGAGGACCAGCGAGGUGCCGACGUCACACCGAUGUUGACACCGAGAGAUAUUGAGCCCCAGACUGCCGGUCCAACAGACACUCUCUCAUAUCUUGCUCAAGAUGACGAUUCCGAUGAGCCUCUCGAAGGCCUGAGUUAUCGGCAUCAGGAGACCCGUCUGUGCCAGCAGAUGAAAAUGGCAACUGUCGCUUCAUCCCACGAUUCCACCAACUGGCAAGAAGAGGGCACGUACACUCAGCAAGACGAGGGCUCGCAUCCUGCACACUGCUCCACCCAGGCUUCCAGCUCCAUUAGUGAACCAUCUACCACCUCAAUGGCCCAGACUUGCAAAGCUGACAGUAGUCGAAUCAAAUCACGAGUCCCUCCAAACAUGCCAAAGCUUUUUAUCCCAUCAUCUAUGGCAAAGUUUCCACCAGAGAUAACCGUCACCCCGCCAACCCCAACCCUCCUGUCGCCAAAAGGUAGUGUGUCUGAGGAAACCAAGCAAAAACUAAAGACUGCCAUCCUAUCAGCACAGUCAGCUGCCAACGUGAAGAAAGAGACUCUGUGCCAGCCAGCCUUGGAAAUCCUGGAGACGUCGAGCCAGGAAUCGUCACUGGAGAGUGACACCGAUGACGAGGAAGACGAUUACAUGGACAUCUGACACAGUGUGAAUCCCCUAAGUUACAGCAGUAGGCAGCCAACCACUGCUCUCCUGAAGAAACGCCUUGGGAAUAUUGUUUUCUCUGAGACCAUGGAAGUGCACAGUACUUUAUACAGAGCAGCCCGGAACAAGGUGCAACGAUCUCUUACCAGCAUUGGCCUUUGUAAAUAUUAGAUGCAUCUCAGCGGUGAAGGCAGACAAGCUAAGCUGCAUCACCGGGCUCCUUGUUUGAUUUGUGCUGACCUGGAGAGAUGACUCUGACUUUGCUCAAACACAAGCUGGUGAUUCAUUGUAUAGGAACAGAUUUCAUUAAGAACAUACCUCUCACAGAGUGGUCACCAGCUCUCUCGCAGCUCAGUUUUUGGGUGGGAGAGCUGGGUCAGUGAAGGCCCAUUUCACUCAUUGUGGAAAUACCAGGAACAGCAAUGUUUUAGUGGAAGGCGUAAUGCUGGAAAUAUGAACUCAAAGCAGCAAAUGCUGGGAAUGAGCAGCAGACUGGUUUACUUCUGAGAAGAGAGUUUGUGGGGCGGUGGGAGGGGUGCUGCGGGGGGAAGCAAGAGAGAGAGUGUCUUUGAACACCAGGAAGACUCAGAGACCUGCUGGCUAUUUCCAACGUUUUCCUGGUGCCUCAUUGUGUCUAUAUUUUUCCUAACUUUUGUUAAGCCCUCCUCAGAUAGAACUCUGGGUUGUUUAUAGUGUGGGGAGCACAGAAAGGAUUGGAACUUGCUUACCUUUACUGCUAACUUUCAGCCUUUGUGCAGUCGGAUUGGAUUGCUUUAAGAAAAAGAGCUUAUUUACCCUGCUGUCCUGCAGAGUGACUGAUGUCAGGCAUUGUGUCAAUCUGAAUUGGUUUGUAACAGAUCUCACCCUUUCAUACUGAAUCUCCACAUUUUAUUUCCCAGUCAUUCAUUUCAAUGAGAAAUGUUGGUUUCUGUUGUUGGAGGUUAGUUGUGAAUGUAGAAAGGGGCACACUGUACAGCCUGUUAGCCAAUUCUGCUGUCAAUUUCUGAUUUCACUGUCAAAGCAAAUCACUUACCAGAACACACAGCGGGAUAUUGGAACACGCUCCAGAAUGAGAAGGUUGUGAUUUUUGAGGUAAUUGUAAGACUGCAUAGGGGAUGUAGAAACUUCCUCUGGUUAAAAACCUCUCACCAUUGGUCUGUUCUGGGAUGUUGAUCAGGAAGCUGCUUAGCUGAAGAGCAAAGUUCACCCGUUAACCUUGUGAUCUGGUGACUCUCUGCAACAAGCAUUGAGAGCUCCGCGUCAGAGGGCCCUCCAGAUCAGUCCUUGCAGAUAGGCUCAUAAUGACGCCUGCAUGUUACCAAUCACAGGCUUUGUGCAGUAAUAGUGCCCAGCAGUUAUCAAGACUGAUAUGUAACUUUGGUAUACAGGACUGGUAGUAUUCCCACUCGUGUCAAACAGGAAAUUGUUACCCACAAAUGGUUAAUGCAUGUGACAGCGAUAAUGUCCAUUAACAUGGAACUGCCCCACCUUCAUUCCAGUCUAACUCUCACUCGGAGCCAACUCUUGUGUCAGUUUGACUUCAUCCUGCAGCCCUUAGCAGGUCGAUACUUUGUGGAUUAAUGAACUGGGCGUGUGAGAUGGUGUGAGAGAGCAUCAGUCCAUCUAGGACCUUGGGGAAACAGUAGGACUGACGGCUUAUCUGUUUAACCAUGUGAGAUUUGAGGUUUGAAGGACAAAUGGGAAUGAUUGUGAAACGGGACAAGAUAAAAUUCAAAUCAUGCAUGGAUAGUGAAAUAGGUUGGAUUAGUGAGUGGGAAGGAAAAUUCAGGAAAUAACAUGCGUAGAAUUUGAAUCUUUUUAAAGCUUUUUAGAAAUUACUAUGCACAGAGUUGAGACUCUCUCAGUGUCCCCUUUCUGAACCGCAGAACUGAAUUGGCACGAUCACCUUCUCAAAAACAUAUUUAUACCGUUAAUGAUGAGCCUAAUUUUUUUAUUUGUACGUUAACCUAACCAUAAUGUGCAUAUCUAGCAAGGUCUUAAAAAUAAUGUGUGGCUUAAUGGCAAGAUCUAGUUAGCAUGAAGCUAAACUACUUAAUGACAUUAAAUCAACAACACAUUCUGGAGAUUCACAACUGGCAUCAUAUUUCUUGACCCCCUCAAUAAACUGGCCAAUGUAAUAAAAAUGUAUGUGUUAAUACAGUUGCCUUUCCUGAAAAGUCAUGCCCCACAGUCUAAAUCUACGUUUAUAUUUCCAAAGAGAGCUGGAGCUGGGUUGUGUCUAAUGAGUAAAGUUACUUUUAAUAUACCCUUGUGAAUGAUGGGGUUAUAGUAUGGGUUUUAAGAGCACAACGCUGAAUAUAUUUUCCCUGAAGUCCUGAACGAGCUCUGUGACAGUGUAUGACCCCACAGAUUUAUAAUCUCUCACAUUGAGCAGCAGAUCAUUAAUUAUCGAGCAAUGAAAGAUUGAACCAAAGUUGUUCAUUAUUUAUUGUGCACCAGAAUCUGAGAUUCCUGUAAAGAGUUGAAGGAAUUCUGCCAAAUGUGCCAUCCCAGAAUCAAUUGUCUUGCCCAUUUAUUAUAAUAAACUGAUUUUGAGAUCAGAACCAUUUCAUUUUCACAUCGUUUAUAUUGUGAAGCACCUACAGCAUUUGUGGCACUAAUGUCUUCCUAAAGUUCAGCUCAGUGCUCCUGGGCACCAUCCUGCUCCCACCCAGAACCCUCUGAUUAUAUAAAGGAUGGAUUGGCAGCUCCGGUAAUCAGAACCCAGGCACCCUAUUGGUGCACUGAGACAGUCACACUUGUCUCUGUCUGGGAGUGUUCACGCAGCUACAGAGCAUCUCUGGUUGGGAGAGGGGAGACCAUGUUUGUCUAUAGCACAAGAGUCUGCAUAUGUAUAGCAACUUGUAAUCUAGUAGAGAGGCUACACAUGGAGCAGUUAUUAAACAGGGUUUAACACUGAACCACACAGGACCCGUUAGCAAAGAGGAAGAUUUUAAGAUCAUAUUAAAGAAGGCAGAGAGAAGUUAAAAGAGGAAUCUCCCAAACUUAAGAUUUAGGUAGCUAAAUGCACAGAUGCCAGUGCUGGAGUGAUGAAAAUCCGGAUUAUUCAAAGGCUAAACUUGAAGCACUACAGAGAUCUCAGCAGUGAUAGAAUGGCAAAUAAAAACCGGAAAUAAUUGGUGCUUGAGACUUCCAGGAUUAACAGCACAAUAGGGUGCUGCUUAGGAAGACCUUUGUUUGAGUCAAAGCCCCCUUGUGACCAGCAAUCCUGGUGGCAGAUGCUCCACUCAGUCCAAAAACAAACUGACAGAAUCAGCUUUCUGUAAAGUGCUGUUGAAAUGUGCAUUGACUUUAGUAACAUCAAAGCUUAGACGUACACACUUCACCAUUUCGGUUACACAGGACCCUGUGCAUGCACACACACUGAGGAAUUGCUUGUUGCUGCACCCAUUAUUCAAUCCACAAACUCAGCAAGACCCCCCUCUCCCCAUGUGGAUAGAAUCAAGUGGCAGCAAGUUCUGACAGCACUGGAUUUGUGUAGAGCUGGAUCUCAGGCUGUGGGAGCAACUUGACAUUCUCAUGUUGCAGCAGGCUCGAAGGGCUGAAUGGCCCCUAACUCUGUCUCCCCUUUUUUCUAUGAUUCUAGUUAUGCCCAGUUUCUCUUAUUGCUUCGCCUCAGAAUAUGAGGUGAUUUUAGGAAGAGAGGUGUGAAAACGUACAGUUCAGCAUCUAAGCAUCGCUUUGUGGUCAGUGGGACCUGAUCUGUGUAUUUUAUCUGUGGUGCAGAUUACACAGGGUCAGAGACAGGUUUCACUCACUCUAACACCAUGAGGCUUUAUCCUCACUUCUCCAAAUGAUGCUAGUGCUGCUCACAAACUCAAGAGUCGCUGCUCAUUCCAGACAUGACGAAUACUUCAUUAGUUCAAUAGUUAUUGAUUUCUGGGGUAAUGGGGCUUGUCCUGAGGAGAGACUGAACCCACAGUCUCAAUAAGUUGAAAUGUUUGAACAUCUUAGAGGGCUCGACAGUGUAGAUACUGGGAAUCGGGUUAAUGAGAAAUUGGCGGAAAAGCACAUUUAUGAACAUACAAAUUGUUCAACCUUUUGAGCCUACUGUGCUAUUCGCUAAGAUCAUGUGUAAUCUGAUUGUGACUACAACUCCACAUGCUGACCUAUAUCAUUUUGAGUCCCUUGUUAGUCAUGAAUCUGAUUAUCUCUGGCUUAAAAAAUAUUUAAUGAUCCUUCCUCUAAAAUUUUGAGGAAGAGAGCUCAGAAAAAACUCUCUCGUUAUCCCCGUCUUAAAUUGGCAAUCUCUUUAUUUUUGAAACUGUGCCCUGUGGGUCUAGGCUUUCCAACAAAGGGAAGCAUCUUUUCCAUUAUCCACCUGUCAAGUGCCCUCAGGACCUUCUAUGUUUCGAUAAGAUCACCUCUCAUUCUUCUAAACUGCAAUAGAUAUAAGCCCAACCUUCCCUCGUAAGAUGAUAACCCCCUUUUACUGUGAAUAUAUCUUUUUUAAACACAGUACUCCAGAUGUGCUCUUACCAAUGUCCUGUACAACUGUAGCAAAACAUCCCAGAUUAUACAGGAGCAACUUACUACAGAUGCUGGAAUCUGUACCGAAAACAAAAAAUGCUGGAGAUCACAGUGGGUCAGGCAGCAUCCAUAGAGAGGGAGCAAGCUAACGUUUCGAGUCUAGAUGACUCCCUGCUGAUAUAUCCCACACCCACUUUGCAACAAACAGGGAUUUCCACUUGCCUUGACAGUUACCUGUUGUACCUGCCUUGUAACCGUUUGUGAUCGGUGGACCAGAACACCCUGAUUACUUUGUACCUCUGAGUUCUGCAAUCACCCCCUGCUUCACUAAUAUGCUGCUUCUCUGUUCCUCCUGCUGAAAUGGAUGAGCGUUUUGAUUGUUCGUAGAAGGUCAGCCAUGGUCUUUGUUGAGUUCCAGAGUGUCUGAGGGACAGUAUGUCCUACUUUGUUCCUAUUUCUGUUUGUAUUACCACGAAGCAGCAUCUGAUUAGCUGCUGCAUACCCUCCUCCUCAGCCUGAUCAUCACCAAGUACCCUUCUUUUAAAAGCCUCCUGUUCUGAUUGAUCCCAUUCUUACUCCCUGCUCAGCUUCUUUUGUCACCAGCACUGUCUGAGCUCUCCCCUGGGGACGGUUGCUGUGCCCUGAAGGUGGGGACUACUGGAGGUCUAGUUUCUUGAACAGCAGAUUGUAAUUACAAGCAACGGGGUUCCCCAGCCCUCAACUUUCUCAUAACUUUCCCCAGUUUCUCACCAAGGGGGUGGCACGGUGGCAUGGUGGCUCAGUGGUUAGCACUGCUGCCUCACAGUGCCAGGGACCUGGGUUCAAUUCCACCCGGGGGCGACUGUCUGUGUGGAGUUUGCUCAUUCUCCCCGUGUCUGCGUGGGUUUCCUCCAGGUGCUCCGGUUUCCUCCCACAGUCCAAAGAUGUGCAGACUAGGUGGAUUGGCCAUGCUAAAUUGCCCGUAGUGUUCAGGGAUGUGUAGGCUAGGUGGGUUAGCUGUGGGAAAUGUGGGUUACAGAGGUGGAGUAGGGAGGUGUGGGUCUGAGUGGGAUGCUAUUCGGAGGGUUGGUGUGGACUCAAUGGGCCGAAUGGUCUGCUUCCACACUGUAGGGAUUGUAUAAUAACCAGUAAGAACAGAACAGAUCAGAAUUUCAUUCAGGAACAAAGAGCAGACCAUUAACCUCUUGAGAGAUUUGAGAUCAGUACUCAAGAACGUGGAGCUGUUUAAAUUCUUUCCUAAGAUAUAAAUAUCACCAGCAAGAGCAGAAUUUAUUGCCCAUCCCACUGGCUCUUGAGCUGUGUCCUGCUUUGUCGGUGCAGAGGGAAAUGCAAGUUAACAGUAUUGCCGUGGGUCCGGAGUCGCAUGUAGGCCAGAUUUUCUUCCUUAAAGGGUACAGUGAACCAGAUGAGUUUUUCGGUGCCAGCAUUAGUUGCAGAAUUAAAUUGCAAUUCUACCAGCUUGCUGCUGUAGAAUUUGAACCUGCACCAGAGCAUUAGCCUGAGCCUUUAGAUUACUUGUCUAAGUGUAAUUACCACCACACCACCAUUAACCCUUUCAAUGUUCUGAUUGAACCAACCAAUUAUCUGUUCAUGUUCUCAUUGCUGUUUAUAGGAGCUUGCUGUGUACAAAUCAGUUGCUGCGGUUCCCCACAUUUCACAAAAGUUUAAUUGAUUCAAGUACUUUGAGGUGAAAUGAACUCAUGAAAGGUGCUAUGUAAAUGCAAGUUUGUUCCUUUCCUUUGUUGGAACAAUUGGAGUGUAGGAAAGGAGGGGUUAGCUUUUGGAUAGCUUGCACAAUAAUCUGAAUUUUUGGAGAUGUUUGCUACAAGGUCCGAAGAGAAGUGUUUGUACUUGAAUAUCUUGGAGAAACGUAAGAUAUAUGCUCGUGAUUCCAAGCUACUGGAUCCAGUUAUUACGGAAUGUCUUUUUAUAUUGUAUUUUUUUUAAGGGCUUCUGCAUAUCGAGUGUUCACUUGUACAUUUUUACAAGAAGUGUUCUUAAAACCAUGUUAUCGCUUAGCUGCAAAAAAAACCAAUUGAAGUGUUGGGCCUUUACUAUUGAAUGUUCUGUCACAGGAAUGAUCUCUGCUUUUCUUUUAUAUGCAAUGUUUUAACCGUAAAGCUAUUCCGAUUUAAACCCUUGUACAUAAAAAGAACAUUUUGUUUUGGAAAAGCAGGAAAUCUGUUACAGUAUUCGCAUGUGAAAUGAUACCAGCUGAAGGCAGCUAGUAAUAAAACCAAACGUUCCUAUCCCUGCAGUCAGACUGGCUGUUGGAAGGUGCCAGCCUGACA